UUAAUAUAAAGGUGUAUAUGGUAGGAAUUGGAGGGAAAGAAAGAGAGACCAAUGACUCCUAUGAAUAUAUUCAAGAAAAAGCAUGUUUUGGUUAAAAAUUGAGGGAGCGAGAAAGAGGAAGGGGUAGAGUCAUAUUCACACACGAAAAAAAAUCCAUUUAUGUGUCUGCCUCAUUCAUCAUUGAGUUUAGUUUAAUUUUAUCAUCUUCUCCUACUGACUGUGUAGGACUAUUGAAACAAAGAAAACCUUCUCUUGUGUAUCUCUGAUUAUUGAUGAAUGAUAAAGCGUAAAUUUGUUCAGUGUGUUUAUAAAACUAUUUACAUUCUGAUGAAUGUGUGUGGGUGGAACUAUGUCUGAUUGGUUAGACAGACUUGUUCUAUGUAUCCCAAUGGACCUUCAAUGUAGGACUUUGCACAGAUAUACAGAACAGUUCAAGUUAGCUUACUUCUUUGUGUAGAGCACAAAGGUAAAGAAACAGAAAUGUAUGGAAGAAAGAUUAGUAACAUUGAAGAACGAGUUAACUGAAGUUCGACGUCGUUUUGAUCGAGCACCUCAAGUGUUGUAUUCACAGUCAACACCGCCAACUGAACUCAUUGGAACUAAUGCAGCUGUCGGUGAAAAUGUAGCCUAUAUUACAUUUGUUCUAUUCCCUCGGCAUUUAACACCACAAGCUACACCGCGUACAAUCAAUCUUAUGCAUACAAUACGUAAUUAUUUACACUAUCAUAUCAAAUGUUCAAAAGGUUAUAUUCAUCGAAGAAUGCGAGCUAAAAGUUUAGAAUUUAUUAAAAUAUUAAAUCGUGCUAGACCACAGUAUUAUUAUACUACCUUGAAUCCUGUUAUACAAAUUGGACAUCAAACAAUCAAUAAUAUUAAUCGAUCAACGUAUUCAACAUCAUUCAUGAUAACAGAUGAUAACUGUCUACUGACAAAUGGUGAGGAGAAUAUGAACAAUAAUAAUAAUAAUAACGGGUGUUGCUCAUAUAGUAGUAUAGAUGACAGUGAAGAGAUUGUCGAAGAUAAUUCUAUUCUUGAUGUUGCUGUCUCGAAAUUGUCGACGAUGAAUAUGAAUACUCCUCUAGGAGGAGAAGGACGACAAGUACAACAACAAGCCAAACAGAAACAACCAGCUCCGCCUCCACCGAUUGUACCUCGUAAAAUAUCGUCAUCAUCAUCAUCAAAUACCCUGCCUCAAUCCUCAGAUUUUAUGCUCAAUAAUGGCUAUAUGUAAGAUAGAAAGAAUUCUAAAGAUAUAUGCAUAUAUACGUAUUUCGUAUCUCUGUGUGUGUGUGCGCGCGUCUGCGCGCUCUCGUAUCCUCUCGGUGUUUCCCCCGUUCAAUGUACAAACCAACGGCUGGACGUGUGUCUGUUUGUGUGUGUGUGUGUGCAUGUCUGCCAACAAACUACGUCUACCAUUUAUCUAUAUUAUAUUAUAUAAUGCUGAUAUAUUCUCUAUACAAGAUGCAAUGUGCGCUUGUUCAGUGUAAUGUGAAACGUGAAGAUGAUGGUGACGAGAUUAUGUGAAAUAAUAAUACUAAUAAUAAUGAUUAGACGUAAACUAGUCAUAUAGCUAGGAACUGAAUACAUCCCUCACAAUUCUCGUUGUUAGUCUGUUUUCUUCGUUAGCAGAUCAUUUCACAUCUCACAGAUAACAUCUAUACUUAUUAUACUUAUUAUCACUGUUGAUAGUAGUAUGUGAAUAAUAAUAGUAGUAAUUACUUAUUAAUCUUACAGAUUUAAUGUACCCCUCCUCCCACCCGCUGUGUAUACGGAUGUGUGUGUGUAUAAGAUGAAGUCGUGGAAGUUGUUCCUCCCCAGUCCUUUGGUUGUUGCUGUUCUUGUUAUCUAAUUGUUGAAUGAGAAUAACUGUUCAAAUUGUUUUUUUCUUUUCAUCUACUCGUUUUAUGGAGUAUUGUGUUGCCAGUAUGUAUGUAUGUGUGUGUGCGUACUGAAGAAGAAGGUAGUAGUAGUAUCACGCAUUUAAUAUUAUUAUUACUCUUAUUAUUAUUGUUAUUAUUACUAAUAUCAUUAAUAUUAUAAUGGUUAUUGAUUAA